AUGGUCAAGAUUGCGGUUCCGACGUCGAUACAGGGCCGCCCACAAGAGUAUGAAGAAGCCCAUGUGCAUAACGUAUACGAUCGGAUUGCGGAUCAUUUUUCCUCGACACGCUACAAGCCGUGGCCGAUUGUAGCACAAUUUCUGUCUGAUAUACCAACUGGGUGGAUAGGACUCGACUCUGGCACAGGCAAUGGGAAAUACUUGCCAAUUCCUACAGAACGGCCUGGAAGUAUUUUCACAAUAGGUCUCGACAGAAGCCAUAACCUCCUCGAGCUGGCAAAAUGCGCUGGAGGCUCGCCAACUAGGGAUGUUCUACGAGGAGACGUCCUAGGGGAUUACUGGCGGCUGGGAGCAUUCGAUUAUGCCCUCUCAAUCGCUACUGUUCACCACUUGGCUUCGCCUAAACGCCGUAAACAAGCCAUUGAGCGUCUAAUUCAGAGCGUGUCUUCAACUCAUGGGCGGAUACUCAUAUAUGUCUGGGCUACGAAGCAAGACGAGUUGUCGAGGACUUCCUUUCCCAAAAAAGCAUGUUGGAGCAACGAAGACGAAACGAGAAUUUCUCCGGCUGGUCAAGAUGUCUUCGUCCCAUGGGUGACUCAAACCAGCACAGACGGCUCUGUGACUGUCGAACCAGAAACCUCGAAAUCGAUGUAUAUGGUUUUGAAUCGAUACUAUCACAUGUUCAGUGAAGGUGAACUGUCAAGAAUGGCAGAGGAAGCAGCGAAGGAGUUAGACUUGAAGAUCGGAUCUCCAGACGAGUUCUCCGAAAGAGGGGUGAAAGGACUCCACAUAUCAGAAGAAGGAUGGGAGCGGUCGAAUUACUAUCUCUUGUUGACUCGCUGGGAAAAGUGA